UCUGCAGUACCAAGGAAAUGAAAUUUUGACAGCAAAGUUGUUUAUUUACUUCCUAAAUUCUCAAUAUUUAAAAAUGUCCGAGCUGCUACAGUUAAUUGACCAUGAAAUACCAGACGGGCGAAGAAGUUUGCAAGAAAAUUUCAACAAUUUGGAGCAAGUUGCUCAGUACUGUCAGGAAAAUUACCUGAAUGCAAAGGACAAGCGGAAAGCCCUGGAAGAAACCAAGAACUUCACGACCCAUUCCCUGGCCAGUGUGGCUUACCAGAUCAACAACCUGGCCACAAACUUCCUCAAGCUAUUGGAUCUGCAGCAGAACCAGCUAGCAGAAAUGGAGUCCAAUGUGAACCAUCUUGCUCAAACUGUGAACAUACACAAGGAGAAGGUUGCACGAAGAGAAAUAGGGGUCCUGACAACAAACCGCACAACAACACGGCCAGUUGGUGUCAAAAACGGCAUCAUCUUUCCGGAGCAGGGGGAAAAACCAACCAAAUACCAGCGUAAAAACAUUGACUAUUCUGUUUUAGAUGACAUUGGACAUGGCGUAAAGUCACCUGAAGUUCCUGCGCUAAUGAGGAGUGGUGGGACAGUGUCAGCAGCAGCCAGUAGCAGCGGAUCACGUCACGGCUCUAUCAGCAGUAUGAGACCUGACACUGCGCCGUCCGAGCAGCCUCCCACCCCUCCACAGCCCGGCACGCCCCAGGGUGGGGGCAGCCUGUCACGGGCCUUGGGAACACAGUACCUUAAGGAACAGGGGCCCUACAGAACGCCUGCCCCUGCGGUCGCCCCACCAACUGUGCCAGGUGACUACAUGAGUAGAGAGCAGAUGAUGGGUGUGAUACAGGUCCCGGGGUCAAGACAGUUCCAGCAGAGCCCCUAUGCCCCUAGCGCCCCGCAGACCAUGAUGGGACCCCAGAGACUACCUCCAGGUAUGGGCAUGCCUUAUGCCCCUGGGAUGGGGGGGCAGGUGGGCGUGGCCAGACCCAUUUCUUCCAAUGCGAUGCCUCCCCCACCUCCCACGCCAGGCAUGAUGCAGGAUAGCAGAAUGUCUCAAAUUAGAGGACAGACUUCAGUGGACGAGGGACUUCCACCACCGCCUACAGAGCUCUCCCCUGGGCGUGCAAGUCAGAAUAUCAGCUUUGAAGAAGAGGCCCCCCUGCCGCCAGCGCCAGAGUUUGAUGCCCCGCCCCCUCAGUUUGAUGACGAGGAUGAUGACUUUGAUCCACGCCCCACAUCUUACCAGGACGAGGACCAAUACGCCACCGCAGGGCCACAUAUGUUCCAGUCCUAUGUACCGGACACCUAUCUAGAGAAAGUGAUAGCUAUUUUCGACUACAUGGCAAACAAAGACGACGAGUUGUCAUUCAAGGAGAACUCUGUCCUGUAUGUCCUAAAGAAGAAUGAUGAUGGCUGGUUUGAGGGCAUUCUCGACGGAGUUACGGGCCUUUUCCCUGGGAACUAUGUGGAAGCCUGCAUGUAGCAAGCAUAUAACAGAUUUGUUAUUGCAAAAUUAGCAUUUAUUCCUAGUGCUUUCUUUACAGAUGUCAUUGAAUGGACCUAAUUUACACUGUCAAGCUUACUGCUAAAGAUUUGUAUGCAGGAAAUUCACAUCCUUGAUGGAAGUGAUCAGUGAAAUAGGAUGCUGUGAUGGCUAUCAAACAUUGCAAAAGGCAAUGUGUAUUUUGAGCUUGAAUAGCAUUCUUUGCUAGCUGGAAUAGUCAAGUUUGCUAGGCAUUAAGUCCCUGUCUUUGUAUACAUAUACCAGUAGUAAGAUUUGUAUCUUUAAUUUUUCAACACAAUAAAUUUUAUUGCAUAAUCUAUAUACGGGCACAAAUUUAAAAGAAACAAAUUGUGGCAUAUUAAUUAUAUCUGUUUCGAGGUAUAGAACUGAAAAAAAUGAAGGAGUCAAAAAUAAUUAAAACAAUUAAAUAGGGGGGGGGGGGGGUAAUUCAAGUAACUGCUUGUGCUUCUGUUUUGUCAGAAAUGGCGGGUUUGUUUCUUACAAGUAUGUCGCCUUUUGAUCUGGGAAGUUAACAAUCUGCUUAAAUUUUAAUGUUGUUUUAUGGGAAUCAUAAAAAACUAAUGAUCGCUUGAAUUGGAUUAUCUGAAAAAGCAGUCAACAUGAUUAUGAUAAGAUAAAAAUAUUACAUCAUUUUGGACCUUUGUCCAUGAAUAUUCUGUAGACAAAAAAUGUGAGUCAUAUGAGGCAAAUAACCAAUUGACCAUGUGUUAAGCCAUUUUAAAUGCUAGGAUUGGAAUGGUAGAUCAACAUUAAAAAAAAAAGUGAAUACAAUGUACUGAUAACAUGUUAGAUGAGAUUAUAAACCCUAAUGUUAAGUUAAAUGCCUUAGUAACACAGUGCUGAAGUAAGAAAAGUCAGAACAGACAUGACACACAAAAAUGAUUUGGGACAGAUUAUGAAAAGCAAGGAUUAAAUUUGUUGGCAUGAAACAGGUUCAUUCUCUUUUUUAUGCCCCCAGUAGGGUGGCAUAUAACAGUUGAACUGUCCGUCAGUAUGUCAGUCUGUCCGUCCGUUCGAAUAAAGAACUUAAACGUUGGCCAUAACUUUUGCAAUAUUGAAGAUAGCAACUUGAUAUUUGGCAUGCAUGUGUAUCUCAUUUUGAGUGGUGGAAGUUCAAGGUCGUCCUUCAAGGUCAAAGGUCAAAUAAAUAAAUUUCAAAGCGGCGCAAUAGGGGGCAUUGUGUUUCUGACGAACACAUCUCUUGUUUUAAUAUUUUCAUGCUCCCAAAAAAUUUAUUUUAGGGGGAGCAUAUAGUCGCCGCUUCGUCUGUCUGUGUGAGCGUCUGUCUGUCCGUCCGUGCACAAUGACUGGAAUUCAAUAAAACUUUAUGGGAAGCUUCACUACCAAGAGGAGAUGUGCAUAUUAUCAGCGGGUUCUGGGCGGAUGAUUUUUCACAGAGUUAUGGCCCUUUGAAAUUUUCUAUAAAAAAAUUCUUGUCCCCCUAACUACUGUGCCCUCAAGACGUUUCCUUUUAUCUGAAUAUAUAGUGCAAUAUUUUGACAAAAAAAACUUUGGGGAGCAUCACCCGUCUCCGACGGUUUCUUGUUUUUUUUUAACAUGUGUAAUGUACAUUGUUCAUCAAUAUGUUAAUCCUUAAUACGAUUAUGGUGAUCAGCAGUGUCAUACUUACUCAUUUUAAAUGCAGUAUUGUAUGACUACAUAUAUGCAUUUGACAGAAAAUAUUACUUAUAAAUUGAAAGAGUACAUGAUUGAGACAUAUAUACAACGUAAUAGCAGAGGGAGACCAUCAUGUUUUAACCACAGUCAUUAACUAUUAUGAGUUGUCUUCCCUCUUGUUUGUACUGCUGACUUUUUACGUGGUUUUUCUUAAAGAUUUAUAAUAUUGGCAGCAUAGCAAACAACAGUCAUGAUCCAAAAUAUUUUCAAGAACAAUUUUUAUGUCCUCCAGUCUAUUCUGGGGCACAUAUUGUUUUUGCCCUGUCUGUUUGUUGACCAGUAGGGUGGCAUAUAGCAGUUGAACUGCCCGUCAGUAUGUCAGUCUGUACGUCCGUUCGAAUAAAGAACUUUAACAUUGGCCAUAACUUUUGCAAUAUUGAAGAUAGCAACCUGACAUUUGGCAUGCAUGUGUAUCUCAUGGAGCUGCACAUUUUGAGUGUUGAAAGGUCAUCGUUCAAGGUCAAAGAUAUGAGGGACAUAGUGUUACACAAUUGCAUCUUGUUUGGUAUAUUUUUUUACUUGAUAAACUUAAUUUUGAAGCAUUUUGUGAUUCUCUUCAACAUAACUUUGGUCUAAUAAUGUCUUCCCUUACAUAAGAAUUGCAAGUUAAUGUGUUUUAAGUAUUUUUCAGUGUUUGGACGAAUUUCUUAUUGCAUUUAAAAAAAAAGAUAUUGUAGAUACACAUUUUAUUGUAUGUGUAUUGAAUAUUAAAAGCGAUACCAUGUUUAGGUAAACAAUGGCCAAACUUUAUUAAAUCUACAUUACAUUUGCUCGCUUUUUGCUAGUUAAUAAUGUAGUCAUAGUGUUGUUUUAUUACCUUUUCUUCACUAGGGCACCCAUUUGAGAUCACUCUUUAACUGCAUGAAUGAUUUAUGUAAUGGCUCAAACGAUUGUUAGUUUGUAGGACAUAUUGUUCUGCUGUAUUGUAUACAUGAAGUAAAUGUUGUAUCAGAGUACAUGUUUUGUAUGUAAUCUUUUAGAUGUUGUGUUUGAAUACAAUUUUUUACCUGUAAUUUUUUCAUGAACCUUUCAUUGGAGCCCUUUGGUUUCAAAUAAAUUUUUCAUACAGUAAUAAAAAUACAAAAAAAAAAUAAUUAUAUAACAUUUUAAUUCUUAAAUUAACCAUUUAGAUGCUUAUUUUCGAUCAAAAUUUUAUUGAACGUGCCAGUUUUACCAAUAAUUUCUUUACAUUUAUUACAGAACAUAUAUAUGUACCAAUAACAUUUUAUGUUACUAUCUACAUCAUAUACGUUGUAAAGCAAGCUUUGAUAACCAAUCAUACCAAAAUAUGUCUACCCACAGAGUCUAUGUACUUAAAUAAGAAUAGAAACCAGUUUUUAUAUUACUAGCUGUCAAACAAUGCUGUAAAACAUUUGUUCAGUAUAUGCUAAGCAUUGUGCCAACUGAUGAAUAUGCACUAUUUUAAAAGCAAAAUGUAUCAGUUAUAAAUUUGGUUAGGGAAAACAAACAACAUCUCCAUAUCACUUUUCAUACGACACGUGUUAAUAAAAACAAAGCAAAAACAAAGUACAAAGUUUAAAAUCUAUAUUCUUUCAUGUUUACUUUUUUGUCAUGUUAAGCUCUAAGUCUGCAUAGACUAUAUCUAAAACUUAUAUUCAACUUUAAAUAUGCCUUUGUGGUCAUUAUAUAAGUUUACUAAGUGUUACUGACAUAAAUGUAAAUUUAUUUUUAAUGCACCAUCAACGAAUAGUCGAGUUCGCUGACUUUGAACAGCUGUUGUUGUUUUUCUGCUCUACGCCAAUAAACAUUAUUUUAUAAAUGUGUAUGGGGAUUUUGUAAUGAGUAAAAAUGUGCAAUACUAAUAA